UGGACAUAUAUUAUGUGUCUAAUGUCUAUUCCAUAGAUUAUACACUUAAUAUCUAAUCUAUGAUUUUGGAUUUUGGUUAUAUGUAGUUUGGCAUUAAGCAUUUUUUUGCAAUAAAUUAUCAAAAAAUGAAUAAUUCUGCAGCUAAAGUUGGGGAAAUUUUUAGAGAGGCGGGAACUGCAUUCAAUAAAUUAUCAGAGAUGACAAUGCUUCUUCAUCCCAUGGGAGAUUCGCAGCCGGGAGGUAAAUGGACUGAAGAAGAAAUAGAAAUGCUGCGCAAUUGUGUACAUAGAUUUGCAGUAGACCUGAAUAAACUCAGUCAACACAUUAAGAAUAGGACAGUAAAUCAAAUUCGAUCAACGUUGAAGAAGAAAGCUUUUGAAGACGCAGGUAUACCUGUGAGACAGGUAAGCGGCACAACAGGAAAUAUGGGUCAGCCACAAUCCCAGGUAGCAUCCCCACUGGCUGCCAUCAUCCCGCAGUCAGUGAUAGGAAACAAUGCCGAGGUAACGCUUAACAUGUUGAACGCAUCCGAGAACGAAGUUGACGUUGAAGAACUGACAAAUGACGUCAAACUUGAGUUCGAGAGCGAACCCGGAAACGAGGAGGUAGCCAUCAGAAAUUUGUUCUAGCAAUUGAUAUAUUGAUAACCCCAUUCGUAACGGCUUUGUGUAAAUUGAGUGACGCGUGUGUUCCACCUUUCAUAGGAAGUCAGUACCGUAUCGGAUUCUUAACAAACAGAAUACAGGACAGGCCAAAAUACUGAACUUCAGCUUCCCAUCAUCGGAAUAUUCGUUGUUUAACCGUAUCUACUAUCCGAAACGCACUUCAGACACGAGGCUUGUUUCACGAACGAAAAAUAUAAUUAACUGGCAGCUAAGGUGACAAAGGCAGGGGAAAAAUUAAAUAACGCCUCUAGCUAGCUUUUACCAGGGCAUUAGUUUUUAAAUAUGGCACUGUGAAGUAAUGUCUAAAUUUAAUUUAGUUCUUUGCAUUCGCGACAACGGCCGCUUAAGUCUGGAGUAUUUAUGAAAGUAUUAAAUGGGUACUAUGAGUUUUAUAAGUCGGCCAUUUUGCGUAACACCAAAGUAAUUUUAAAUUUAAUCUUAUUGUUGAAUUUUUUUGACAUUUGUAUUAUUUGAUUAAACGCAAACUGAAGAGUUUCAUAUGAAAAAAGUUUAAAUAUUGGUCAAAAUGGGAAUGCAACUACAAUAUGUUAAAAAAAAUCAGCACUAUUGUUUUUUGAAUUAAAAAAACAAUGUAAAAGAGACGCUUCCUGAGCAGUUGAUCAAUGUUUUGGAAUUAAACUGACUUGAGAUUAAAAUGCCUAUUUAUCACACAACAAACAUGAGAAUAUAGUUUAGGGAAUAAACGAUUGCCCUAAAGCGAACGGAAAACCUUAUUCGCUAACGAAAAUAAUACAAAAAUACACUGUGAUUUGUAUUAUUUCACAAUGGCAAUUUACAGCUAACACCGAAAAAAAAGAAAAAUUAAAUUUGAAUUAAGAUACGUAAUUUUUGUCAUGUUGUCAUAAAAAAAUUAGCAGUGCUGCCAUCUGUUUUCGUUUUUGAGAAACAAUUUGUAUACACGAGAUUUGAUGGUAUAAGCUGUUUCGGUCGUUUUUUUUAAUGUAAAAUAAAUAGUUCUCAGUGGCUGUUAUUAGAAAAUUUUGUUUGGGUUUCUUUAAUUCGUGUGUAGUACGGUCUUGUCAAUAACUUUUUAGUUAUUAUUCGCCUGCAUCACGCAACUACCUCAGAAAGCGUAACUCUUAAAUGGCGGACUAGUAAAAUUAUCUACAUACUUAUAGAUACUACAAAAUAUAUAUAUUGUAUUUGGUUUUUCCAGAUCUAAGAGAAUUAAGCUAUCGUUGUGGCCUUAAAAUCUCGAACAUUCUAGUGCGGAAACAUAAAACUAAAAUAUUUAGAAACGAAUUCAAAGCUAUGUAACUUUAUAAUGCUCGAUUGUGCGAACGGUAUCGAGAAUGUAGUUCAUUGUGCUUAUUGCGAAUUAUUUAACGUUUUCGAUAGCGUAAAAGUUAACUCUUAUUUAUAUGGAGUUGGAACGUUUGUCUACGUUUGCCGCUAGAGGCGCUGUUACAAAUGCAUAACAAAUUGUGUUAACUUUGACGCUAUCGAGAACGUUAAAAAACUCGCACUAAGCACAUUGACGUAAGUCGACGUGUUCUUUGUAAUGUACAAAUAAAAACUUCAAUUUUGUUAACGAAUCGCUCCGAUAUAGUAAGCGCUAUGAAAGGUUGGAUGACUUCGGUCGUAAUUUGCGAUGUAUUUAUUAAUAAUGAUUGUUAAAUCUACUAGAAGUCUUAAGCCUUCGUCAAACAGAACGCGUAAUUAGCGCGCGUCAGAGCAGUAAGCUGACGCCGCGCUAUGACGCCGAGAUGUGUUGUACUACUAUGGUAACAUACCGUCACACAGAGCCCCAGCGCUAUAAGUACGCAGCGCUCUGUCGCGGCGUUAGGACGCUUUGACGUCAGGCGUUGUAAUUUUUUACAUUUUUUAUUUUAGCGUCCGAGUGAAUGUGUAUUAAAAUACCAGAUAAUGCCCGAAAAUAUGAUAUAAAUAGUUAGAAAAUACCCAUGCUUAUACAAUGCCACAUCUGAAUCACUCGAUUUCUUAAUACUUUUAAAUUUUUACACUGCUAUGGUAAGGCACUAUGAUUUGGCGAAUGCGUUGCGUCAAGGAGCGUUAGACUCAUCUAGUCAAUUAGAAGAGCGCGACGUUAAGUACGCGGCGCUAAGUACGCGUUCUGUUUGACGAAGCCUUUAGGUGCCGUAAUGUAGAUAGACGGACGCAAUGACAUGAAAAUCGCAUUAUGUACUCGUGCAUGUAAUAAAGGCGUUAUUGCUUAAAAUAAAUUCAAGUACUUCUAAGGACGUGUGUAAUAAUUAUGCACACCAAAUAAUUAUUGUAACUGUAUUUGAAUUAGUUAUAAUUGUAGUCGUUAGACGUUGCUUAUAGAAACUUUGACUGAACAUGAAUAUAUAAAUAAAUAAUCGAAUAAAACAGACGGGUUCGCUUCGCGGGAACGAAGAGGUAAGUUCUAGAACGUUUAACAUUCAGUAUUGUAAACUGAAAGUAGGUCAUGGGAUCGUUGUUCAUUCGGUGUGUGUUGAUUUGGAUGCAAUUAGUCAAUGUUACAAUAGGAAUGUUUCAUCUCAUGUUCUGUAUAUUGUUUUCUGCGUAACAAUCUUAAUAUAUGUAGUGAAAUAGGAAUAUUUGUAUAAAAAAUCAGUAUGAGCUAUAAAUAGUUUCAGCACGCUAGAAAACCUCACCAUCUCUCUCACGCGUCCAAAUAAAUGACGAUGAUGACACAAAAAUGCGCAUCCUUUUUUCUAACCAGUUCAUUUAUUAACGGAUCAAAUUUUUUUGAUACCGCAUAAUUUAUUUUGAAAGUAAGUGUAAAAUUUAAUUCUUAUAAAAAUUCGAUUCCACAAUGAGAACGGCGGUCCGCGACUGAGCAUUGAAGGUCUAGCUAGCUAAUUGUCGUGCACAUCGACAACCUUAUAUUGUAAUUAGUCAAUUUAAAGUAGAUAAUAUCAUAUUAUGAUAAUUUCAGUAUUUUUCCACUAAGUAUUUGUUUGUACACUCGAGUGCUUAGUCUCUGGAGUAAAGCGUUAACGAAUGCAUAUAUGAUACGCACAUUAGUUAAUGUUAUAGGCACUAGUAGUAUUUAUGCUUGAGUCGUAUGUUCAGUGAAUGUAUUCAAAAUGUCGAAUGAGGAAAAGAUACCCGGUCCAUAGUAAUACAAAACUUAAGUUUUUCGUGUCGAAAUUGAUAAGUAAUGAUAAGAAAAAAGUAGAGAUCUCUUGUGUUACUAUUGAACGGUGUAUAAUGAUUUUUCUUCCUGAUCCAGUGUACCAACCUUCGUAUCCCGUUCUUAGGACAGUCUGACACCAGAACUUGCCCUCUCCUUCUCUCCUGCCCCCCCCCCCACUUGUCUUACUCCAGUGUAUUGAUUCCAAUUUUCGCUUAAUAUCUAUGGGCUGUGAGAUCCUCGCCCAUGGUUAAAUAAUAUUUAAAAAAAACCAAUUGAUUUCACGAGAAAAUGUAUAUUAAUUAACGUUAUAUAUAUAUUUAUAGUUUACUAAAAAUAUAAAUGUACAAAAUGUACAAAGCGUUGCCUUAAAUGUUCUGCGAUUUAAUUAAUUGACAUUAACUAGUAAUAAAGUUAAGAUUUCUAGUUUAAUCGUAAGCCGACGAUGAAGGCGAUAGGUUUUUUCGUUUUAGUAGUAGUAGUAGUAGUAGUAGUUAGUAGAAUAUUAUAAUUAUUAUAUUACCUACGUAUUUCUUGUUGUUAGGCGAAAUCGGUUUGUGUUCUUUUAUUGUCUUAAUUUUCUUAAGUAGUCGCUUCUCAAUACAGAUAAGGUGUAAGCUCUUUUUUUAAAGCUUUUCAUUAUGUUAAUGUUUUCCCAGUAUCAUUACAACACCCGAUUCAAGAAAAUUAACAAAUUCGAUCCAAAAACUGUUCAAAUUAGUUGAGAAUUCGACAAUUGAAAUAUAGCUUGGUGCUGAAAAAAAACGUUUGUUCAAAAUUUGCAUCGAAAUUAAAAAAUAUUCUAGAAACUUAUAUUUUGUCGUGUUACAUACAGCUUUUGAUAAUAUUCUUAAUUAAAUUUGUAACACGCGCUAAAACGAUGAAUAGUGGUUUUUACAAAUUCGAAGUAGGUGGCGCUUUAAUCAACUUUCAGUGUGACCUCAAUAAGUUAACUCGAAUUUAAUCAUAGUUUAGAUUCCGGAGUGAAAAUUCAAUACUCCAAAUACUUCCUAGUGUCCAACGAUGAAACUCAUAUUAUUUUUCAUAAUUAGUUUAAUACGAUAAGUGCAAUAAAAUAUGCAUAUUGAAACGACUAAUGGCUUACAAGAUAUAUACAUAUUUAUAAACUUAAAUAUUGGAAAAGAGUUUAAUAUUAUUGUUGCACUAUAAUAAAAUUAAAUGUAUUAUGUAACAACAAACAAUUAUAUAGCCAUAUUUUAGACGAGGACACUGAUAAUUAUAGCUUAAGCAGUGAUUCAUGUUCCAUAAUAAAGAGUCAAUUGAGUGGAUUUUAUGGGAAGGGCAUAAAAAGUCGUUUACCAAUUGGUUUAGGGAAACAAUUAAUUUUUACCAAUAAUGAAUUAGUACAGACUUAAAUGCGUUUAGGAUGUGUUUGUAUUGAUUUUUUCUAUAUAUAUUUUUUUCCUUUUUGGUGAUGGGAUAUGGGAUUAUGCAGCGGCUUGGCUCUGCCCUUGGCAUUGCUGAAGUCCAUGGGCGACGGUAACCACUCACCAUCAGGUGGGCCGUAUGCUCGUCUGCCUAGAAAGGCAAUAAAAAAAAAAACAUCGCAUUCUACCUUUAACUGGGGUAAAACUGUUGCGUUCUGGUUGGUAAGGUGGGUUAGGCCUCAUACAAUGCUAUUGGCAAUUAGACCUCAUGAUUCAAGGUGGAUGACAGGAAUCAGGUCGUGAUGUCCGGUAACUAUUAUAUUUAAUGCGACAUAAGCUUGUUCACCCAAAGCCACCUAAGUUCAUUAGUGCCACAAAAACACUUCUGUCAAGGAUAUUCUAACCAGUGGAAUUGUCUUUAUAUUUAUCUAAUUAACUUUAUCUAUAUUAUAUCUAUAGUCUAGUACUUAGAGACUAUAAGAGUAAAAAUCUUUAUGAUCGACCUCUUAAAGUAUUAUUUACUUAAUAUAAGUUGUGCAAUUAGUAAUUUCUUGUGUCCGUUUCAUGGUUUAGUUGCAAAUACGAAAUCACCACUUAACACCAGGUGGGCUGUGAGCUCGUCCACCCAUCUAAGCAAUAAAAAUAAAAAAAAUCAGCAAAAGAAACGAAUGAUAUUUUCAAGAAGUAUCAUGACCCAGAUAUAAGCUUGCUCUUUCAGCUACGGCUAAAUCUCGUGCUUAAUAUAUGUAUAUGUUACGGCAAAUGUACGCUCUUGGGUAAUGUACACUUUUACCGGUAAAUGUGCACAUUUACUUUAUACUUCAUUAGCGACCAUGAAAAUUCGUAACUCGGAAUAUUUUAAAAUGAAAACUAAAGGUAGUUGGCCUUCGACAGUAAAAUGUGCUUAGUAUAUAACUAAGUUAGUAUAUAAUUAAGUCUGUAUCUGUUAUUAAAUAUCUAAUCUAGAUACUCCUAAAAUAGUUUAUAAGUUAAAAUAGGAAACCAAUCACUCGAAUAUAGACAAAAAAGUUAAAAGGACUUAUAGAAAUCACAUAAUAUAAAAAAAAAUCGUUAUCUUUAUCACUAUAAAAAUAAACAAAGACAAAUUGUAUUAAGAAUAUUUUUACCCUAGCAUAGUUAUACUUAAAAUUCGUUCAAAAAUAAAUAUCACAAGUAUUAAAAAGAAGAGUAUUUUUCUUUAAUUACAAUUUAGUUGCAAUAAAUUAUGCAAUAUUAAUAUAAAAGUAAUAUUUGUAGUGUAGUUUUUUUAUAUAUAAUAUAAGUAUGUAGUUAAAUACAAAAUGUUAAAAUUAAUAUUUAUUAAUAAUAAAUUUAUUAUUAAUGAAGGUUAUGAAUAUAGUUAAAUAAUAUAGUAUAUGUAUGGUUGGUAACAUUUAAUUAAAAAUAAUAUAAUGUGUUCAUAGCCUGAAAGGUACGACAUUCGUGAUUCUUGAAUGAUGAGACUGUAGAAACAUGCAAUUUCAUUUGCCAAAUAUUUCAAGUUCACACGCAACUAGCAUCGUCUUCUACGAUCAAGUAGUAACAUCGUGUGAUCGAAAACAGUAUGUCUAAAUAAAAAUCUACUUUAGCGAUUAUUUUGAGCUCAUCACACGUAAUCAAUCAUAAUACAGUUGAUAUUUGACCUCAUAUCUCUAACACUAUUGAUUCAUUGAAAUCUAAACAAAUUAAUAGAAUAGUAUUGGAAAUUUUCAAGAGGUCACGCAUUGUCUAACUUUUAAUUUUUUAUUUGUCUAUUGUAUGGUUAUCUUUAAAAAAAUCAAUUACAUAAUGUUGUCUGGUUUAAUUAAAUAUUAAACAAAUAGAUUUGUACGCGAAUAUCAUCUAACUAAUGAAACAAUAAAGAGGAGUGCUUAGUUAUGUAAAUUACUUUAACCUCUUCAGGGGUAUUAUUGGCAUACAUGGAAUUGGGUAUGUACGGUUUUUUUUAUUUAUUUUUAAUAUUUAACUCUAGGCUAAAAGGUAACAAAUGUGGACAUAAAUUUUGUUAAAUGAAUAUUCACUAGGCUAAAAGGUAACAAAUGUGGACAUAAAUUUUGUUCAAUGAAUAUUCACUAUUUUUGUUUUAAAUUUUUUUACUUAUUGAAUUGUUUUCAAAAUAAAAUUAACAAAUCGCAAUAAAGAAUAAAUUAAAUUCGUUAUUUUUUGUACUUUAAAAUAUUCGUUCCUGAAGAGGUUAAACUUUUGGUGUAGUUGUCAUGCCGCCAUCUUCGAUUCCGUAUGUUACAUUGACAGCCAACUUCAAAUACGACAGAAAGAUUCGAAACUCUAAACAGGAGUUAGUAGAGAACAAAAGGACCUCAUUGUCAUUGAUUUUGAAUGGGCUGUAAUAGGUGAACUAACUGAAAAUGCAUUACACGGAAAAGGGGCGGGUGGUUGGUUGGAUUCAGCAAUUAUUAUAUUUAAGUAUCACUGAAUGACAAGACGGGAUUUCGUUGCUCGUUUUCGCAUCUUACGCAAUCACUUGCAUUGCCUUAAUAAAAAUUGUUUUGUAGAUAAUCAAACUGACUUGUCAAGUAUGAUUAGGCCUUAUUACUUAAGAAAUUUUAAAUGUUUAAGCUAGGUAGUCAUAAAUAACAUUGUUGAUUGUACCUACCGAUUUUAUAAUAAUUAACAUAUUCGUGUGUGCCGUGCAGAUUUCAUUUUUUUUUGGAUAUUAUUGUCUUUAAUGUUAUAUUAUGUAAUAGCCGAUGUUUUUUUGAAUAUGUAUGAAUAUGUGUAUAGUUCGGACAUGUAGCGCUAACAUUAUAGGAUGUUUUUAAGUUCGUGUGAGUACAUAAACAAUAAUAAUAGAAAUAAAAAUCUUGAUAUGUU